GUCAGGGUUGGGGUCAGGGUUAGGGUUAGGGUCUCCUUAGGGCAGGCUGACCACGUGUUUCUCCUCCUCAGGUAUCCAGAAUACCAUCGAACAGGAGGAGAGCCAGAGCAAGACCUCCGCCGACCUGAGGAUACGCAAGACGCAGCACUCCACGCUCUCCCGGAAGUUUGUGGAGGUGAUGUCGGAGUACAACACCACGCAGUCGGACUACCGGGAGCGCUGCAAGGGGCGCAUCCAGAGGCAGCUGGAGAUCACUGGAAGAAACACGACAAAUGACGAGCUGGAGAGCAUGUUGGAGAGCGACAACCCUGCCAUCUUCACCUCGGGGAUCGUCAUGGACAACAUCACGCAGCAGGCUAUGAAUGAGAUCGAGACGCGGCACACGGAGAUCAUCAAGCUGGAGAACAGCAUCCGGGAGCUGCACGACAUGUUCAUGGACAUGGCCAUGCUGGUGGAGAGCCAGGGGGCGCUGGUGGACAACAUAGAGCACAGUGUGCAGGGGGCCACGGAGUACGUGGGCCAAGCCCACCACAACAUCCUGCAGGCCAAGAAGACCCGGAAGACCAGCAAGAGGAAGAUGAUCCUGAUAGGCGUUUGUUUGGCCAUAUGUGUGGUGGUCCUGGUCAUUUCCCUCGCGGCGGGGCUCUCGUAGGCCCCUCGAGGACCCAAAAGCACGGUCCAGGAGCCACAUCACCACCGUGAGGCUCAGAAGGCCCAGGCCAGGACCCCCAGGGUCUCCUGCCUCGCGUCCCCCGUUCAAACACCGGGAGGUGCACUCAAGCUGUGGCACCGAAACAGUAAUGGGCCCUACUCACCUAGCCGCCAUCACGGUGCUAAACGGUAGCUGGUGGUAGGAGGGACCCAGCUAGUGCUUAGAACCAAGACAGAGCCGGGAUGGCCGCUAGGGGUUAAGGUCCAUGAAGGUCUUUUCUCAGAGUCCACCCCGGCUCAGACACUGGGGUUGCUAUUAGCGACCGACUUGGAACCUGGGAGCACGGCAGCUCCGAAGCCAAGAGACACAUCGAUGCAUGUGAUUCUGGGUUUCUGUAGUCAUGUCGUUUGACGCGCUUGUCUUGAACCAGCACUGCGUCUGCUGUUGGCUGUUCUGACAAAGUAGCUCUGACGUGAGUGUGCAGAGUAAGUGUCAGUGUAGGAUCAUCAUGCUUAGGGGGGGGGGGGGGGGGGGGGGAUUUAUACUUCUGUCAAAUUGUCUGGAGGAAUGCGAUGGGAUUGUACGUCACCUCACUACCAAACCAUACGGGGGACUGCGCACAGAGGCUCUGGGGCCUGGGGUCCCUCCAGAGCACGGCCCCCUCUCUAGGGCCUCUGGGCUGGGGUCCCUCCAGAGCACGGCCCCCUCUCUAGGGCCUCUGGGCUGGGGUCCCUCCAGAGCACGGCCCCCUCUCUAGGGCCUCUGGGCUGGGGUCCCUCCAGAGCCCGGCCCCCUCUCUAGGGCCUCUGGGCUGGGGUCCCUCCAGAGCCCGGCCCCCUCUCUAGGGCCUCACAGACCCGACCCCACCAGGGGCCGUGGACCAGGAGCACACAGAGCCAGGUCGAGUUCGGAGGCCCUGCAGAUUGUCAACCUUUUGGAGCCACCGAUCUGUUUGUCACGCCAUUUCAGAGCCACAUAAAGAGAAUGGCGGCCCCUCUGCCCGUCACAGACCGGACGGGGGUCCCGGUCACGGCCGUCUGCAUGGUGUUCUCGUGAUGCAUGUUGUGGGCAGUCCAUUUGCAAAGCUCUGCAUGCUCACUGCAUGAUGCAAUUCAGUAACAUAGGAAGCCAGGGAACCGGAAACAGGAAGCCACGGAAACAGGAAACAGGAAACAGGAAGCCACACAAAUACUAAGAGAACAAUUCAGUAGAAGCGAUUAUUUGUUUCAAUCCAGCGUUGACAUUCACAGCUUUAAAAAAUAUUUGAAUUGCCUUUAUUGUGUUCAAUUUUAAAAUACAAUCAAAGCAUUAAAAGUAAUUUGUUUCACUGCAUGAAAAUGACUAAAGACAGUUAAUAUAAUUAUUUUGUAUUCCCUAUAAUACCCCCAUUUACCUUCCAAUAAGGAGCCUGGUUAACCGACUUACAAUUAUCCUCGCCAAUGUAUAUAUUUUUAUGGGUACUAAUAUCAAAUAGGAUAUAAUUAUACCGCAGUGGCUGCAUUGUGCAUGAUAUGGUGUUCCAUGCUGUAACAUACGUUUCCAACUACUAAUGUGUGGAUUUCUCUUUUCUCUCCCAACCCGCUGCCCUUGAUGACGUGUUUUAACCAAAUCGUAACAAUCGUGCAGAAGAAAAUCAUGAUUAUCAUCUGCUGUGUGGUGCUGGGAAUAGUGAUAGCCUCUGUGGUCGGGGGCACGCUGGCCUGAACCGACAACUCUGCCUUCCCGGCCUGCCUCCUGUGCACACACACACGCGCGCACACACACACACACACACACACACACACACACACACACACACACACACACACACACACACACACACACACACACACACACACACACACACACACACACACACACACACACACACACACACACACACACACACACACACACACACACACACACAAAACAACACCAACAUCCCACACUCACUCACUCACUCAUUUGCAAAAAAAGGCCAAACAUCCACUCUUGAGUUGCGUGCUUUCUGGCUGAGUUCUGUGAUCAGAAGGUGGCAGAUAGACAGCCCCACCGCGGCCUCCCAGCGGACCUGCUCCUGCAUGCCUUUCUCUUUGGUAAAUGUUGGUGCUGCAAAAUGUUUAAUCGGAGUGUUGAGUGUUGUCAAAAGAUGUGAAGGUGUUUCUAAAAGUGGAUCCUUCGAGGGAAAAAUAAAGAACAAAAUGUUGUUCAAAUUGACCAUCCCAUCACCUGACUUCCAAGCGGGCCGUUAGGGGGUCUACUUUGGGUUGCCGAGGACAGGCAGUUGUUAACCCUCAGUGUUUGAUUAACCAGGUUGAAUUAUAAACAUCCACUCAGUUCUGGGUCUACUUACCGCAUCGCAGAAGUUUCCUCUCUCCGUUGUCCUCCCUGCUGAAUCCCUGCAUGGUUAAGUGGUGUAAUGUAUCCACAUGUAGGAUGGGUUAUGGAUCUGCUGCGGGACGCUACUGACCACGCUGCCAAACCUCCCUUCCUGAGUGAGGUAGUCACUUAACGUGUUGCCCAUUUGGCCUUACCAGCUAAAACCGCAUCAGAGUGAUUCUCGGAUGUCGAAUGUGUGAGUCAACGUAUACGUGUGCGAGUGUGCGAGUGUGACAUUGUGCGCGUGUGCUUGUGUGUGUUCAUUGGUAUGUGUUUGGCUGUUGCGUGUGGUUGUGACUAGCCGUCGCGGUCUGUUCUGUUCAACAUGAACGUUCCUUCACAGAUAUGAAGCUCAGUAACCUUGCCGACACGUUCAAAAGAAAUAGGAAAAUAUGUUAAAUAGCCUAUCUUUAGUUUAGCUACAAAAGUUGUAAUGAUCAUAUGCACAUUAUCAUGGGGACGUGUGUCCAUCCUCUGUUCUUAUUUAUUCUGGUGUUUUUUUUUAUUAUUGUUGAAUGAGCUCACUCAUUGCAUCAACACACUCAGCCAAUUGUCAGCAUGAGGUCUAGUUGGUGGCUGUAAAAGGCUCAGAUAUCAGUUAUCACAAUCUGGCGACAGUGAAACUACUAAGACAUGUUACCGUGAUGCCUACUCAACGUGUGGCCUUUGUGCUGUGAUGGUUUGGUUUUAUUUGUUUACUUCUAAUGUAUAUUUAUGUUGUACUAUUUUUUUAAUAAAGUUUGUCUCAAAAAGAACCACAGAUUUUGUGUAACUCUCCAUUUAAUUAUUAUACAUAAACAUAACGACUGUUAUGAAAUGGAUCAAAGCACAUCAUGUAAAGUAUGAUGCUACGCAGGGACGCGGAAGUGGGGGUGAUUAGGGGUGCUGCAGCACCCCCUCCCCCUGGUGGCCCCUGGCUGUAACUGCAAGUGAAAACGUUUUCUGAACAAAUCAAUUCUUUUUUUUUUUUGCAUAAUUUUAUCAUACAACAUGAUUUUUCAUUAAAUUAUUGACGUCCCCCCUUUAUGAUAUUUAUCAUAUUAUCAUUUCAUUUUAUUUAGAACAUUGUCUGUGUAGGCUGACGUAGGCUAUGACGCACAACGCAGAACUGUCCACAGCUGAAUAUGGUACUAUGCUGAUUUUACAUAAGCAUGUUGGUGUACAACAUCUGUUGAAGUGAACAUUCUAAAACUGGUGUAAAAUGUUGCCGCCAUAUUAAUAGACACGUUGAAUGUUAUCGCUUUGAUUCUGGCAUCCCGCACGUAAACUGGUUGGCAAAAAAAGAGCAAAGACGGACGGUUCACUUGACGGAGAAACCGUCACUUUCCUCAUAUCAGACAACUCGUAACUUUGGAGGAAAAUGAAGGCUUUCUUUUAUUGUCCCUUUCCUUUGUAAACCUUUAGAAAUAACCUCCUGAAUCCUUGUUAUAACGCUGUGUAUAAUCCCGGACCGCAACAGCCUGUCGGCACGUUGUUAGUGUGUGAAAUUCAGCACAGUAUCAGCCGAGUUGACUCUAAUUUCCACAUUGUUUACUUGCUAACGUUUGUGAAUAACUGGCUAGUUGGCAGAACACUUUUUACACACCAGUAGAGUGUUUAUCAGAGCGGGGCCCUGAAUGUGACGUCACCCGUCAUCUCGUCUCUGUAAACAAUGGAUGUUGCGCAGCAAUUAUUAUGACGUCAUUAUAUAGACUCUCUCUCAGCACCCCCCCCCCCUCGGACUGACUUCCCGCGUCCCUGGUGUUACCCCCUAUGUUUUAUUCGACACAUUUCGAGUGUUACCCCUUAUGGGCUUUUCAUGACGACAGAUAAAAAACGACAGUGUUACCCUUUACGUUUCAUUUGAUAAAAACGACAGUGUUACCCCUUAUAUUUUAUUUGACAAGGACAAAUCUUUUUUUUUUUUUUUUAAUAUGUCUUUAUUCAUGACGACCAAUAAAAUACGACAGUGUUACCCCUUAUAUUUUAUUUGACAAAGACAACAGAGUUACCCCCUAUGUUUUUUUUCAUGACGACCAAUAAAAAACAACAGUGUUACCCCUUAUGUUUUUAUUCAUGACGACUAAUAAAAAAACAACACUGUUAACCCUUAUGUUUUUAUUCAUGACGACCAAUAAAAAAACAACAGUGUUACCUCUUAUGUUUUUUUUCAUGAUGACCAAUAAAAAACAACAGUGUUACCCCUUAUGGUUUUUUUCAUGACGACCAAAGAAAAACGACAGUGUCACCCCUCAUGUUUCGUUUGAUAAAAACGACAGUGUUACACCUCAUGUUUCAUUUGAUAAAUAUCGACAGCGUUACCCCUUAUGUUUAUUUCAUGACAAUACACAAUAAUCAAUGAUCAAUAAAGAGGAUGUACAUGACAUUAAAAUGUAUGUGUGUAUUUCUAUUAUUUCCCUUAUGUUUAUUUUCAUGACGACCAAUAAAAAACGACAGUGUUACCCCUUAUAUUUUAUUUGACAAAGACAACAGUGUUACCCUUUAUGUUUUUUUUCAUGACGACCAAUAAAAAACAACAGUGUUACCCCUUAUGUUUUUUUUCAUGACGACCAAUAAAAAACAACAGUGUUACCCCUUAUCUUUUUUUUCAUGACGACCAAUAAAAAACAACAGUGUUACCCCCUAUGUUUUAUUUGAUAAAUAUCGAAAGUGUUACCCCUUAUGUUUAUUUCAUGACGGCCGAUAAAAAACGACCGAGUUACCCCUCAUGGUUUUUCCAUGUUGACCAAUAAAAAACAACA